GUCCGCUCUCCGUAUGAGGCUGCGUUCAAAGUGGGGUCGCGCCCCAUGGUAUAAGAAUCGACCAGCGCUUCCGCCAGCCGCCAUUUGAACAGUCCAUCAGCAAGUUCCCCCCAUUGGAAACAGUCAUGCCCACCCUCGCAUCCCGAGCCAAAGGCGCCAUCUGGGGUGUCUGCGUUGCCGAUGCUCUUGGUGGACCCGUCCAAUUCAAAACACCUGGCACUUUCCCCGCCAUCACGGGUCUUGGCCACGUCAGCCCGUUUGACGAACCGGCUGGAUCCUACUCGGACGACGGAUCCAUGACCCUGGCCCUGGCGCAAUCCUUCAUCGACGCCCACGGUCACUACGACCAUCGCGCCUCCAUCCAGAACUACCUCGACUGGCUGAACCGGGGGGCUUUCUCAACGACCGACUACGCCUGGGACGUUGGGGUCUCGACCCGUCUCGCCCUCUCCCUCUGGGACGCGUCGUCGUCGCUGCGGACCGAAGACGCCCAGCGCGCCGUCGAUGCCAAGCUCGAUCGCGACAGCCGCUGCGGUAAUGGCAGUCUCAUGCGCAUGGCACCCGUCGGGGUCAUGCUGUGGCGGGAUGCGUCCACGGCGAGACGCGUCGCCCGCGAGCAAGGGGCGGUGACGCAUCCUGCCAGGGCGUGUGUCGAGGCCUGCGAGCUUUACACCGAGCUGGUGGUUGCUGUUAUGCGAGGUGAAACCAAAGAGCGACUAGCCCGCAUCGUCGCCGCCUUCCCCCUCACCCAUCCCGCGCUGAAAGAGCGCCUGGCCCCGUACACGCGACUAGAGGACUGGCGGGACCGGUCGUUGCAGACGCUCCGCAGUACCGGGUGGGUGGUGGACACGCUGGAGCUCGCGCUGUGGGCGUUCUUCGUGUGCGACGACUGGGCGGCGGGCGCCUUGGCGGUCGUGAACCUGGGGGGCGAUUCCGAUACGGCGGGCGCGGUCUAUGGCGGGCUGGCGGGCGCGUUUUACGCCAUGGAGGCUGUUCCGCGCGAGUGGGUAGAGGGCAUGCGGAAGGGGUGGUUGAUUGGGAUGAUUGCGGGGGAGAUGGCUGGGAUGGUGGGUUCUCGGCCGGACAAUUGAGGAGACUGUCCUCGCUUGAUGGGUUAUACCGAUGUCGCCCCGACAUAGGGCUGCGUAU